CAUCGGUAUAGCUUAUGCAAGUGGAGAUCUGUCUGCACCAUUGAAAGUUGACAGUUCAGAGGCACUAAUCUGACAAAAGGACUGUGUAAAUCAACAACCGCACAACGAUUUUGGAUAUCAACAAACAAAACUGUUGAGGAGCAAAAAGGGGACAUUGUCUCUGGCGGCUGCAUGAGAAAGCGAGUUGGGAGGACGCAAAGGCAAAAGGGAAAGAGGAAGCCACCAAGGAGGUGAGUGACGGAUUUACCCUCGGAGGGGUAAAACAUGACUGUGGUGUCCCAGGAGAACCACGACGACACUGUGGUCGUAACUCCUUUGUUGCAAGAUGCUGCUGACUUGGAACCCGCGGACCAGGAGUGCAGCGAGAGGGUGGUCAUCAACAUCUCAGGUCUGCGCUUUGAGACGCAGUUAAAGACCCUCUCCCGCUUUCCGAGCACGCUUUUGGGAGAUCCGCGUAAACGGAUGCGUUUCUUUGACCCGCUGAGAAAUGAAUACUUCUUUGACAGGAACAGGCCGAGCUUUGAUGCCGUCCUCUAUUAUUACCAGUCAGGAGGGCGGCUUCGGAGGCCCGUAAGUGUACCUGUGGAUAUUUUCCUGGAAGAACUAAAGUUUUAUGAAUUCGACGAAGAGGUCAUAGAAGUUUUCCGAGAAGAUGAGGGCUUAUCGAGGGAAGAGGACCGCCCGCUGCCAAACAACGUGUAUCUACGCCAGCUAUGGCUCCUGUUCGAGUAUCCAGAGAGUUCAGGACCUGCUCGGAUAAAUGCCAUUGUGUCAGUUGUGGUUAUUUUAAUAUCCAUAAUUAUAUUCUGCUUGGAGACUUUACCCGAGUUUAGAGAAGUCCCCGCAGUGCCCGAGAAUCACGCCAAUGGAAGUGCUCACGCAGCGCCCAGUCCGUUUACAGAUCCGUUUUUCAUGGUGGAGACACUUUGCAUCGUGUGGUUCUCCUUUGAAUUCACCAUGAGGUUUAUCUCCUGUCCCAGUAAAGCAGUUUUUUUUAAAAACAUAAUGAACUUGAUCGAUGUUGUGGCUAUAGCUCCUUAUUUUAUCACCCUGGGCCUUGAUCUGGCAGAGCAUCAGGGCAGCAGUCAGCAGGCUGCGUCAUUGGCCAUACUGAGGGUCAUCCGUCUGGUCCGUGUUUUCAGGAUUUUUAAACUUUCCAGACACUCCAAAGGCCUCCAGAUUCUCGGCCAAACGCUUCACGCAAGCCUCAGGGAGCUGGGACUGCUCAUAUUCUUCCUGAUUAUUGGAGUCGUUUUAUUCUCCAGUUCUGUUUAUUUUGCAGAAGCAGAAGACCCCGAAUCUGGAUUUUCAAGUAUACCUGAUGCAUUUUGGUGGGCUGUGGUGACAAUGACCACAGUUGGAUAUGGAGACAUGUGCCCCUCCACCAUCGGGGGGAAAUUCGUUGGAUCUUUGUGCGCCAUCGCCGGAGUGUUAACCAUAGCUUUACCUGUCCCUGUCAUAGUGUCAAAUUUCAAUUAUUUCUACCACAGAGAGAACGAGGAUGAGGAAAAUGUUCAGUACGUACAUGUGACAUGCGGACAGCAGCAGCCGUCCUUAGGUGAAUGUGAUUCAAACAGAAGUAACCUGUCGCUUUCCAAAACAGAGUCCUUUCAGGAAAGCGACGACUUGGAAACUUUGACAUAUCCAAACGUAACCCCAGUGGAGACAUACACAGGGAGACUGUCAGACGUAUAAACGUUGCAAGACGGUUUAAUUUCUGGUGAGUUGUCUUCCAGUGGACCUACAAUUUAGGCUGUUUUACGCAAGCUGUGGUUCCCAAACGUGGAGCCUCAGCUAUUCAUGCUACAACCCACUCCAAGAUGAGGAUUGUCUUAAGUUCACCUUACUUUAAUUCACUAGAUGGCAAUGGAUUUGAAGGGGGUAAAAAUCAGUAAGUGGGGAACUGUGCACCAAAGCGAGCCCUCACAUGAAAACAUUUGGGACAUUUUUUUUUUUUUUUUUUUUACUUCUAAGUGUUUACGCACGAACCACACUAUGUCUUUAGACUGUUGCGAAAAUCACGUAUCCUCUUCUCAAAGUACCUAGGCUUUAAAUAAAGUAGAAGAGGAGAGCUCGUGACGCACCAUGCGACCAGCUCUGCAUGGAGAAGCUAACAAAUCUUACAAUGAGAGAUAGAAAUCAUUGCCGACUUCAUUUUUCUUUGGAGCUUGUACUGUAAUAUGCGUCUAUAUGAAUGUGAUCACAACAAGUAAGCUCUGAGCGCCACUCUGUGGAUGAUAAAUAUCCCUGCAGACAACACUUCUGCUCAGGCUCUAUGUAUGAGUUUGAGUAUCUUUGCACUGUUGCAGCUGGCCCGACAUCAGCACCAGAGACCAUGCUCUUUGACUCUGUAUGGAUGCUUGUGAUGGUUAACUUAGCCCAGCAAAAGCCUGACUGCUUCUCUCACUUUUAACAUAGUGGGUUUUGUUUUCUGCUUACUUGCAGGAGGCAGACGAUUAUAUGAAGCUUGUUACUCCUUCACAGUCGCAGCAAAAUACAAGCAUGGGAUUCUUUUCUUCUCCAAAGUGGAUCGUUUUCUCACGGCUAUAUUCGUGCAUUGCCAGUGUGUGUAGCCUACAGAGACCUCAUGGAGGAAACGCUUAGAAAAUGUUCAGUCUGCCUUAAUGGACAAUGUGUGUAUCAUCAUUAGAAAAAAACAACAUUCUUCUGUGCAGGCUUUAUUAAUGACCACGCUUUAUAUGUAUAAAAAGCCUGCGUUUUGUAAUUCUGAAUUGUUCCCUUUUCUUAUAUGCAGCUUUUAAUUCAAAGUUGGAGUCGCAACUUGCCUCUGUGCUGUUAAAACAUUCGGAUUGCAUUGCAGCUCGCUGUACACAACACCACAGCCCCAGCCAUUACAAUGCAAUGUCUGCAUGGCACGAAUGCAUUGUGAAUUUAAAAUGUAAUUAAAUAU